AUGGCACGUUUCAGAGCAGUUGUCGAUUACUCGGCAUCCGAUUCUGAAGAGGAGCAGCAAGUGGCCGCGAACCUUCAGCCAGAGCCUGAAGAAGCCUCACCCGCAGAUGACCUCAACGCGGUCGCCGUCAGGAAAGGGAAAGAGAAAGCAUCGGCGCCCGUAGGUGAAAGGGAGGAAGGCCGAGCGAAGGAGGCUGAGAUGCAGGUGGAGCAUCAGAGGGUCCGUAAAGAACAUGACAAGCAUCGCAAGCGUGACAAGGGGAAGGGCAAGGCUGGCUCGUCGAGGCAGUCACCCCCAUCAACUCACAAGCCGCAUCGCAAUGCCACCGUAAUUUCCUAUGCUGACGAGACCGGCUCAAGACCGCCGAAGGUGUCGGUGAUGCAGACAUCCCUCUUCCGCGCACCGGAAGAGGACUCUAUGCUGUCUGAAUACUCAGCGUUAUCGGACGAGGCGACGUCUCCUGCGCGAAUUGGGAAACACGGCAGGGAUAUAGACGGUGAAGGCCAGCAUGAGGAGCCACGGAAGAGAGUCUCCUUUGAUGAAGAACUUCACCUCUUACCUCGCCAGCCAUCAAGAAAAUAUGCUCGUGUCGAGGGCUCUGCUUCUGCAGUAUAUGGUAAUGAGAGUGAACUCAUUGAUGCUGGAUUGUCUCUUGGACGCUCGUUUCGUGUUGGCUGGGGACCUGGAGGAGUGCUUGUAUAUUCGGGCGCUCUCUGUGGUCCAACUACCAAAGUAAACACGACCGCCAAUACAUCCACCGUGCAAAAGUGCGUCGUGCCUCUGGUGUCCAGCGCCACAGCCGAGGCGGCCGAGCGGGCGUCAAAACUGCUUUCCCAUCAUCUCAAAUUCACGCCUAUCGAGUCAGACACAAAUGGCCUACCAUGUGCAAGACCUUCAAGCGUUUUGACGUUCGCAUCCUUCGCUGCGCAGUUUCCAUCGACGGACCGCUCGUUCGAAGCCAGCCUUUUCCGCCUAGGUCACGCGCUCUUCGAUCCAUUAGACCUGCAUCUAGCCGAGUCUGUACCCGUUGAUGUCGGCAAGCGCGUGGAGAUUUUAAAGCGCAAAGCUGCGCUGGCCGACUGGCUGCAGAAGUAUAUAUCAACUUCCAUCAAUGCGGCCAUUCGUAACAGUCCCGGGGCGGACUGGGCGGCGAGUGUGUUCACUCUACUGUCCGGAAACCAGGUCGAGAGAGCUUGCGAGAUGGCGAUGGACACUGGCAACGUCAAAGUCGCCUCGCUGAUUGCAGAAUGCCCCGGGGAUGCAACGUUCAGGUCAGACUUGCGUGCGGAGUUGGAUGUGUGGCGCGAAGCUCGCACUGACGCUCAUAUGAGCGAGAACACGCGCAAGAUUUACGCGAUUCUCGCCGGUAUUGUAGACAAGUUGGAAGGUUCGAAGGGCACCGGCAUCGAAAGGUGCCCCGAUAUCCAGAUUGCGAAGGAUCUCAGUUGGAAGCAAACGUUUGGGCUUCAUCUUUGGUUUGGACAGCCGGUGGAGUCACCAGUAGCCUCGGCGCUGGAAUCGUACGACGCUCACUGGAAGGUGGCAUCUUCAGGCGCUGCUCCACCCAUGCCAUGGUAUACAGAACCAUUGGUCAGAAGCCAGCAGGCAGGACACCCCUCGUGGACUCUGUCGUCGGCUGCCGAGCCGCCUGAUGCGCUGUACUCCCUCAUCAAACUCUAUGCCGAUUCUUCGUGCAAGCUUUCGAGCAUUCUCGAUCCCCGCUCGUUCAGCGAGUCCCCCGUGGACUACCGCCUCGCAUGGCACCUCUAUGUCAUCCUCGCUCGCUGUCUGCGCGUUCGCGACCUAAAUGGUCGCGGCCAUGCUGCUGGAAGUGGCAGUCAGGAUACGUCGGAAGGCCAUAGCGCUAACGCUGAAAUUUUGGCGAGCAGUUACGCACUGCAGCUCGAGGAGGCCGGCAUGAUCCAGGAGGCGGUAUUUGUUCUUCUGCACAUCGAGUCAUCCACAGAGAGGGUUAAGGCCAUCAAAGAAUUGUUGAACCGAUGCGCUGGAAAGUUGGACCAGUGGAUGGCUCGUGGGCUCGAAGGCAGCCUCAAAAUCCCCAAGGCGUGGGUUCAUGAAGCGAAGGCCAUAUAUGCUCUGGACUCAGGCGAAGUCUAUGAUGCCUACAGGCAGUACCUCGAGGCUGGUUUAUACGAUGAAGCACAUCGUUUGGCGGUUUCCGAAUUGGCUCCCGAUGCUGUCGUUCGUGGCGACAUCGACUUGCUGAAAACAUUGGUCGAGCCGUUCAAGGACCGCCCUGUUAGCGGCUGGCUUGCCGGAGGGAAGGUAUACAUGGAUUAUGUCGACGUCAUGAUACGUUUGCCAGAGUCUUCCAUUGGAGAAACAAACCUUGAUGCCGCGGAACUGACUCAACUAACGCGCAGCAUUUCCAUACUGCUCAGACAGUUGCCGGAUCUACUUCAUGAUUGGUCGAACCUGAAUCAAGUUGUUGCGCUGGAAGAGAUGACGAGGCAGUUGACCACGCGGCUUAAUCGUAUCAACCCUAUUGCUGUCUACCGAUCGAAAGUUCAAACGCCGUUGAUGGACGGAGGAUCUCGGUUGCGCAACCUUCGGCGUGCGGCGUUUGAGAAGUUCCUGACAGCCGUUGAGGUGGCUUGA